UAGUCGAAUGGUGAAUUGCGUAGCGCGUCGAAGUUAACGUUGUCUGGACACCAUUUCAUAGAUGAGGCGAUGGUGAAAACAUUGCCUUUCACUCCUGUGCAUGAUCUUUUCUACUCUCAGCUGUUCAGAGGGGAUAGGUUUUGAAAGUGUCGGUGCAGGAACACGUUGCAGACAAGCAAGUUUCCUUCAUUCAUGUUCUAAUAAUAUGCAUAAUAUAGAUUCUACUCUCUCGAGACUCUCCGAACUACUGGGAAAAAAGAGGUGAAACCAGUAGGAUCGAACCCUCCCAGACUGUCCUUGAAAAUGCAAAAAUUCGCCCUAACUUUUCACAGGGAACAGAAAAAUGCAGAUGAACCCCGCUAACACGAACCCCAGCCUACUUACACACUCACCCUACCAACCAUGCAUUUUAAAAGAACCAAAUAUCAAACAAAUAAAACAAAAUUCACACAUACCUAAGAGGCAAUCAAGAAGUUUUAUUACGGGAGUCAAAGAAGAGGCACCCCAACCCCCUGGCAUUCUCGCGGGAGGUUCCACAGGGCCGCCUCGGAGUCCCCGUCUAUUCAGUGUGUCGUAAAGAGUGGUCGAGAGAGGGUGUGCCGCUCUCUCGCUUAGUGUCUUGUGUGAGUGCGCGUGGUCUAGCCCAACCGUGGUGAUUGAUUCAUUCGGCCCCUGAUUCGGUGACAGUUAUUUAAUCGGGGUUGUGGCUAUUAGGUGAUAACAGUGGUGUGUUUUGGUGUAUUUUGGAAGUCUGGAAAACGAUUUGCGAUAACAGAUAACACUUAUACUGGACUAACUUUCCGCGGACAGCCCAGCACGGACUAUAAUUUGAAAGGGACGUCGACGAGCUGAAGGCAGACGUCCUCCUUCGGCACUUUCACUUGAGUUGCCGCUUGAGAAUCUCCUCACACAGCCCUCGACGUCUGAAGGAAUGCGAUCGUCGACGGAUCGUCAGUGAAGUCACAGGGCAGGAAGAGAGCGUCUGCGUCAGUGCGUCAUGUUCAACGACACGGCCGGAGAGAGAGAAUAAUGAUUACAUGCGUCGACCUCGAGGAUAACAUGCUGGGAAGUCGACCUCGAGGAGACCUCCGUGUUCCACCGACGCCGCGACCUCGCCACCUCUGAAGGGGGCGCAGCUCACACUCCAGCCGAUUCUCUCGACGCCCGCGAAUUUGUUCCGCCAUGGACGCCAGCAACGAGUUCAAGGUGUUCCUGUCGCCGUCGAGCGCGUCGGCCGCCAAGAAGCCGGAGGGCGAGAGCAGCAACAUCCGGCAGCGCCUCGUGCCCGUCAUCAACAAGGUGUUCUCGCCGUCGCACUUCAUGCUGGCGCAGCGGAAGACCACCGUGUACAAGGCCGUCUCGGGCGUCUCCUUCCAGGACAUCGAGCUCGGCGGCAAGAGGAAGUCCGGGACCAAGAGGGAGAAGAAGGAGAAGAGAUCAGACAAGAAGGACGAUAUCUACACGACCGCGAGCGAGGGCGACAAAUCGCAGGCGAGCGGCCGGAGCGACAAGUCGGGCGGAGGCGGCCACGGCAGCAAAGCCGAGGCCCGGAGGCACCGCCACAGCCUGGGCAGCCACGCCGAGCGCCCACAGUCCUUCCUCAACGACAAUCUCGAGAAGCUGAGCCUCGACAAGAAGCCUCGAGUGCGCUCGGCGUCGCGGACACGAAGCGCCAGCGCCACAGACAACCUGUACCUGUCGCAGGCCGCGGGGGAGAGCAACGGACAGGGGGACGCGCCACCCAUCAAGCCCCGAAGGACGCGGUCGGCCUCACGCCCGCGCAAGGCGCUGUCGACGGUCCCCGUGCCGUCGCUCACCUCCACGAGCAGCACGAGCAAGGCGAGCAGCAGCUCCGGCGACGGCCGCAGCAGACAGGACCAGAGGAAGGAAAACGGGGACAAACAGAGCGAGUCGGGGGAUAAGAACGAGAGCUCCGGCAAGGAGGGCGAGACGAAGAGCAAAGAGGAAAAGGACUGCGAAAUCGAGGACGAGGACGCCUACGGGCGGUCCCGUUCCAGGAAGAAGUCUGGAAGAAGCAACAAAUCCGAGAAUUCCGGCGAAAGACAAGAGGCCGAGAAGGACUCGAAGUCGAAGGGCGAACUGAAGGCCAAAGAGGGCGAGGACGAGGAGCCCGAAGGCGGCUACUUCAGCCUCGAGAAGGAGGAGAAGGCGGCGGGCGAGAUCAAGUUCAUCUACGAGGCCGUCCCGACCAACUCGUGCGAGGAGUACCUGGAGAACGACCAGUGCGUGGAGGCCAUCUACGUGUGCCAGGUGUUCCGGAAGGACUCCGACACGGAAGGAGACGAUGACCACGUCUACGAGAACUACCAGGUGAUCAAGAUGACCAAGGAGGGCAAGCUCAUCACGGACGACGACGAGAACUACGCCAACUACCAGAUCAUCCGGAGGGUCAAGGAGGCCGAGCUCCUGGGUCUGCCUGACGCGGGCGACGGCGGAGGCGAGGAGGACGACCUGUAUGAGAGCAUCAACUUCCUCAGCCAGAAUCCUCUCGCUCUCGUCCAGACGACAGCCACGGAGGCCCGGAUGAAGCGGCGCCCUCGCCUCGGCUCCAGCGAUUCCAUCCCUUUCAUCGACGACAGCGACAACUCGGGGGACGAGACGGUGACGAGGAACCCCGUGGCGAGGGGUGUGACCCCCGGGGGGAGUGUCACGGUCAUCACCAUCAAGGACGACGACAAGACGGAAAUCACCCAGAAAGUCGCCGGCCCUCUGCGAACUAAGACAUCGCCGCUUGGAGCGCAAGACGGGCCCGACGCGGCUGAGGCAGAAGGAAAGGGCGUUCAUGGGGAGAAGCUGGCUGAGGCAAGCGACCGUGGGCGCCAGACGCAGUCAGAAGCCCGGUCAAAGCAGAAGAGGUCUUCAGAGCCCUCGGCUUCUGGCGCCACGACUGCCUCGUCGGCAGGUCGCGGCUGCCACACGGCGCCCUCCAGGCACUCGUACCCCGCAGCCUCCUCGCUCAUCCCCAAACUCGCGGACAAAGUCGGUCCGAACGCGACGCGGUUGGCUCCUGCUUCGGAGGAAGCGGGCGGCUCAGUGGCGGGCGCGAAGGACGGCAGGCAGAAGAAGGUGAAGAAGAGCAUGAGCCACAGCGACGUCCAGUCCCACUUCAAGGGCAAGAGCGGACUCACUCUCUCCGAGUCCUUCUCCGACGAUGACAUCCAGCACAACGAGGACUUCGAGUCCUUUUCCGAGACCGACUCGGAGCUGGACAACUUGGACUACGACAUGUUCACGCCCAAGAGCAGCAGGAGCGGCCAGGGCAGCCGUCCCCCCCUGAGGCGCGCCCGGAGGCUUCCUCGCGGGAGGUCCCUGUCGGCGUCCCACGCCAGCCCGCUUAUGACGUCGACGCCCUUCGGAACGUGUCGGAAUUCCAGCGGGUCCUCGGCCGUGGAGUCGACCGUCGUCCUCGGGGAGGAGCUGCAGUCCCCCAAGACCUUCCAGGCCCUCCUGCAGGACCGGUGCCUCAACCCGCCCGAGACGGACGCCGAGUCGCAGGCGGGCGACAGCAAAACGGACAAGGGCGCGCCCUUGCUAAUUCGCGAGACGGGCGACGUGAGUGUGCGGGGCGCCCGCGACGUGGUGAUGAGCUACCACAGCGUCGGGGCGGAGGCCGGCGACCGGGUCAUCGUCGACGACACCUUGUCCUUCACGUGGUCCGACGCCGAGAGUGAGUUCGAGUUCAUCGACUUCAAGAAGGCAGAGCCGCCCAAGACGUGCGUGGUGUACCAGGGCGUCACGCUCACCUCCAGCGUGACGACCACCACCACCACCACCACCAGCAGCAUCGACAGGAAGGGCAGCGCCGUCAAGAGGUCCCACAGCAUGAAAGGUAAGCCCACGGACGCCGCCCUGGACGCCAGGUAGGACCAGCGGCCGCGCUCGUCGGACCGCUGCGGCAUGUAAUUAGGGGUCGAAGGAGAAAGCGGCGCCGGCGUUUAUCUCGAGCAAGCCAGGGCUGUGCAAUCCAGGUGUGACGUCACGCACCUGGUGCCAUUGCGUGAUUAAAUGAAUUUGGGAAAACUUGCCAAAUGUCUAAACCGCCUGAUAGCCCAAAGGCGCGAGGCGGAGUGGGGGGAGGGUCAUUAUAAUUACAAGUAGGGGGCAGGUCGUAAUUAAACCCCUCUGUGCUUUUCGCCGCCCUCCUCCGCGGGGAAUCGGGCCUGGCGUGCGUAGAAACAACCUCGUGAUUAAUUACACCGAAGGAACACAUGUUAAUGGUACCUGGUUAAUUUGUCGGCGUCGCGCGGGGACGAGGAUAUCUUGAGGUGAUUUGUCUAUCACUUCGUGUCGCUGAUACUCCGUUCCUCGCAGCAUGUCAGUUUUUGGUAACGCUGGUCCCCUCGGGAGCCCUUUGUAUCAGGAUUUGCGAUCAAGAGAGGGCGCAUGAGCAGCCGGGCGUGGUCGGGAGGCCCAACUGGCCCGAGUGAAGGAGCUUGCCGCCUUUCCCCGCCCCCCCCUCCCCCGAGCCUCCGAGAGCCAAGGUCGAGUGCGUGGCCUUGAGGGCGCCCCUGCCCCGCCUUUCCCUGGGGGGCAUCUUAUCUCCGCGACGCGGCGCUGUCCCGGACGCGGCGCACACAUGGGGAACGCACGCACACAGGCAUACGUACACGCACGCGUGCGUCAAGACAUACAUAACCACUUGCACUCACACUAACAUUCACACACACAAGAAAAAAAAAAAAAUAAAAAUAAAUAAUCAGAUCCAUCUCAGCGGAAAUUGCUUAAAUAUAGAGUAAUUUGCGUUGCAAAAAUGGCCAGCAGCGAUUUGGUACUGAGCCGAAUUAGCAACAGAUUAACGAAUUUGCUCACGGGGGUCGAGAGCGUCUCAGAGUGCGAAAAAGUAUCACAAGGAUUAUUAUCCGAAUUCAAAUCGAACCAGAUUAGUUUCUCCUUAAUUAGCUCCGUCCCGGAAAUACCUGGUGGUUUUUCGCUUACAAAACCAACAUGAAAGGAGAGGCUUGGGGGGGGGGGGUAUACGACUCAUUUCUCCACGCUCCUCAUUUCUUACAAUAACAGGCAUCUCCUCAUUACAUCACACCGCGGGGAAGAAACGCCACAAAACUGUCUUCUGUCCGUCGCCGCCGCAGAAGAAGCGAGCCGACUUGGCCAACUCCGUCCCAGCCGCUUCAAGGCCACUCGCUGCGCUGGACCGGACACGAGGCGAGCGGCGGCCGGACACGCUGAUCAGGAUAUUUCGGUAAUUGGGUCCGGAUUAAACGAUGGGAAGGCGAGCGGAGGAUCACGGGGAUGCGAAAACGUAUUCCGUGGAACGAAGUGCGUGUGGUCACAUGAGAGAGGAGAGGGG